AUGUCCGAACUUCACGUCAUGUAUACUCUGAAACUUAAGAAAGAAUUAGGUAUUGACACGUCGAGAAUUUUCUACUACCGGAACAACCGAAAGCCGCCGGAAGAGGUGAACUAUGCACCUAGAAAUUCGUGGAGUGUGAUUGAAGGGCAAAAAAUUACUGCGCCUGGGCUUGUGGCUGAUCAGAGCUACUUGAAUCUCAUGGACUGGGGAAUGCGCAAUGUGAUCGCAGUAGGUCUGAGGGAGAGAGUUUGUUUCUAUGAUACUGAGGCAGGCAAGAAAUCGGUCGGAUUUAAUUAUGGUGAUGAGCUCGUUAGCAGCGUCAGUUGGUGUCCUGAGGGUUUAGAUGCGCUUGCCAUUGGUUUGAAGAAUUCCCUAGUACAUUUGUUGGAUCCAAACACUAAUCAAGCGAUAAGAACAUUUGAUAGCUGGGGAGUUGGCUCAUUGGCAUGGAAUGGCCGAAUUCUAACAACUGGAAGCAGGGAUGGUCAUAUAGUUAACUAUGAUGUGAGAGUUGGAACCCAAGUUGCUCGGUUACGGAAAUCACAUCGACGAGCGAUUUGUGGGCUGAAAUGGUCGGCUUCCGGUCAGCUAUUAGCCAGUGGGGGGUCAGAUAAUGUAGUUCAUGUAUGGGACGCCCGGUCUAUGCCAACGAGGUGGCUUCACAAGCUUGAAGACCAUAAUGCCGCUGUACGAGCCGUAGCUUGGUGUCCUUUGAAGCGCCAUUUACUAGCCUCUGGCGGAGGUCAGGGUGACCAUUACAUAAGGUUGUGGGACGCAAGCUCUGGCACUCCACACGAGAACGCAGUCGACACAGGCUCGGAAGUGUGCGGCCUAUUAUGGAGCAAACACUAUCAAGACAUACUCUUCAGCUCGCAUGGCUUUGGUGUCUCCGAAUCAGUACCCGAUAACAGGCUAAUUCUUUGGAGGUCACCGGUGUUGUUCAAGCUUGAUGAGAUCGACCUGCAAUACGACCACCCCCCGGCUUUGGAUCUGAGACCUAAGCCUUAUUUUUUCUCGACUCAGAGCCCCGAUGGUUGUGAGGUCGCGUUGGCCGGAAACGAUCAAAUAGUGAGGUUUUAUGAUGUUUUUGCAGCACCUCCACCACCAGAACCAGCGGCGAAACCAGCCUUUUCAACCUAUAACCGCCCAAAUCACUACACCAUUCGCUGA